AUGCGAUGUGGGUUUCGCUGUGAUGUAGAGGCCGCGAAGAAGGUGAGGGAGAAGGUGUCAGUGCGAGCUAGGAUUGUGGUGGAGGCACGAAGAUGGAGUUUCACGGUAGCUCCGGAGGUUGGUCGAACGACUAGGGAUGAUAGGGGACGCGGUGGUGAGUUAGCGACUGCAACUAGGGUUCGCAGCAAAGGCUGGGAGGCGCGACAACGACUCGAUGAGGUGCACGACAACCUCAUAGUGGUGGUGCACGGUGAAGAUGGUUGUAAAAGUCGCAACCAGGGACAACGGAUAAUGCGUGGUUGUGGUCGGGGGCGUGGAGUUCAAGUGAAAGGGUUGAGGAAAAUGGAGCUCAAUGAGGGAGACAUGGCUUUGAGGCAUCGCCUUACGAAUGGACUCUCGAAAUUCCUGUCACCAGUUAUUCACACAGGUGCGUAUGCGGUUGGUCUCUGCCAGCAAUCUAGCAAAGCUUUACAUUUAGUGGCUUUGUCUAUAAUGCACAUGCCUUCUGCUCAGAAGCCAACUGCUAAUUGGAUUCAAGUGAGAGGGUUUCAUAAACACAGUGUUGUUGAGUAA